UUUUGGGGGGAGUGAAGAAGGAGAGAGGAAGGGGGUUUGCAGGAAAAACCCAAAAAAGCGCCUAAACCAAUGAUUAACGAAUCUUAUUCGCAGAAUCUUCCCUCUUCUUCUCUUUAAUAUAACGAAGGGACUCGCCGUACAGACCGCGCGCCCACCACUGACUGCUCUUCAUUUUUGCUUUUCUAACACUGAUUCUUCCUUUUUCUUUAUAUCCAAAUCCACCCGUUAACUUCUUAUUGAAUUUUUUUUUUUUUAAGUAUUAUUAUUGUUAUUGUUAUUUCUUCUCUCUAAUCAUUAUUUAUCUAGGGUUUCUUUAAUUCUUUUUUUUUUUUCCCUCUAAUUUGGAUCGAAUGCUAAGUAUUUGCUCGUUAUGUUAAGAAAACAAAGGCAUUUGCGUUUGAUCUUGAAUCAAUUUGCUAAUUCCUUUAACUUGUAUCAUCACAAUCUUGAAAUGAUGUCUUAUGCGAUUCGUGGCGAUCUCUUUUGCAAGGGCUUUCACUCGCAUCCUCAAUCUUCUUAUCUGGAGAGCAAUAGUGGUGGUGGUGGUUGUAAUGUUAAUACUUUUAGAAUAAAAACCAGCCAAGCUAGUGGCUUUAUUUUGCGGGGUUCUUUCGAUUCUAAUUAUCCAACGGCCGCUGAUGAAAAAGCUGGCGCCUUUGCUCGCCAAAGGGUGCGGUAUUUGGAUUUUGAAGAGGAUUGUACGGACGCUAGCUUGUUUAACGGUUGUGGCUCCCAUCAAAGAGGAUACCCUCUUGGUUUUAUUGACCAUACCUUGCCUGAAAAGGUUGCUGUUGCUGUUGACGUCGAUGAGGUUUUAGGAAACUUUGUGUCGGCUCUGAAUAGAUUUAUUGCGGAUCGAUAUUCUUCCAAUCAUUCAUUUUCAGAGUAUCAUGUGUACGAGUUCUUCAAGAUAUGGAACUGUUCACGUGAUGAAGCUGAUAUCCGAGUCCAUGAAUUCUUUAAGACACCAUAUUUCAAGACAGGCAUCCACCCUAUCCCUGGUGCCCAAAAGGCACUUCAUAAGUUAUCAAGAUUCUGUAACCUUUCGGUUGUGACGUCUCGGCAAAAUGUGAUCAAGGACCAUACUAUUGAAUGGAUUGAAAAACAUUAUCCAGGACUCUUUGAGGAGAUUCACUUUGGAAAUCACUUUGCUCUAGAUGGAACAUCUAGACCCAAGUCAGAAAUAUGCAGGUCAUUGGGAGCCAAAAUUCUCAUUGAUGAUAACCCAAAGUAUGCAGUUGAGUGUGCUGAUGCUGGAAUCAGGGUUCUACUUUUUGAUUAUGAGAACUCAUAUCCCUGGUGCAAGAUGGAGUCAAUCGAUCAACAUCCCCUGGUGACUAAAGUUAAUAACUGGGAGGAAGUGGAGCAACAAAUAGUUUCAGGGAUUGUUUCUUAGUAUCGAAGUCCUAUAAUAAGGUUUGAUCAUGACCACCAUUCUAUCAAGAUUUCUGUGAACUGAUUCUAAUGCUGCCAAAAAACGUAACCUCAUAUAGUGAGUUUUGGUGAAGUCACUGUAGAGCCCACCUAUGUAGGGUUAUGAUGUACAAGCUGAAGUAGAGGAGCAUUGGAAGUGGAUCAAUCAAAAUACAUUGUUUUUAAGUUUCUUCAUCCCAUUUGAGGGAUAAUGAAGAAAAACGGGGGUUCCAGAUUUUUAGAAUUAAGGAAAUUCUAUGUAAUUACGACAUUCUUGAUCGUUCAGAGGUAAUAUUAUGAUUAUUGUUGAAUUCAA